UUAAUAAAACUGAACAGAAACAAAAUAAUUUCUGUCAUUUAAUCCAGAUCAAAAUGGUUACUUUUGCUUUAAUUGUCUUUGCAAUUUUUGCUGUAACCAUCGCUAGAGCUGAUGAUUGUGGUCAAAUUUUUGUAAAGGGUUUAACCAAUGAAGAAAAACAGUUGAUUGUUAAUAAACACAAUGAAAUUCGAUCUUGGGUUGUGCAAGGUAAAGUGCCGGGACAACCAAAGGGCAAAAACAUCAACGUUAUAGGUUGGGAUGACUAUUUGGCUUCUGAGGCUCAAAAAAUUAGUGAAACCUGCGUUAUGAAACAUCUCCCUGUGAAAGAUGAUCGAUUUUAUGUUGGCCAAAAUUUAGCAGCUUUGAGUGGUACUGCUCCAAAUAAUAGUUCUCCUCUGGAACUCUUUAUUAUGAUGUGGUAUAAUGAAUAUCCAAAAUUUAUUUAUCCAAAUUUUUCUGGCGCUGGACAUUACACUCAAGUAAUUUGGGAUAAAACUCAGUACGUUGGUUGUGGAUACACAUACUAUCGAAAAAGUGUAAACGAUUGGUAUGACAAACUUUUUGUGUGCAAUUACGGUCCUGGGGGGAAUAUUGUGGGAGUAGCUCCCUACGAAAAAGCAUAAAUUAACUGAAUUAUUUUUAUUUGUUAUGUUACGAGUACAAAAUUAUAAAAUAAAAUAAAACUUUAAGUAUGA